AUGAAUCCAAAAGAAAAGAGAAAGUAUCUGGAGAAAAGGUCCUCUUCUCAUAUUCUACAAAGAGCAAAGGAAUCAAGAGUGAUCUUAGAGGGAUGCUCUCCACCGUGUGGACCCUCAGGGUUGGCCCAAGGCCACAGACAGACAGAAGGGGACUCAGAAUGCAUUCCCAUGGACAAGCUCAUUCACAAAGAAUUCCACAAGUAUCAAGAGGAUGCUGCUAAGAAACUUGUCAUGGUCCCAGCAUGGGAUCCAGAUGCAGAAGAGGAGUCCUCCUCCUCAGUCUAUUUCUGUGGUGUCUCCAAAUCUCGAGAUGAUAGUCCUGAGCAAUCUGUCAUGGUACCAUCACAGAAUCUAGAUGAAGAAGAGGGUUCCUCUGCCUCAGUCUAUUUCUGUGGUGUCCUCAAGUCUGCAGAGGAUGCUCCUAGGAAAUCUGUCAUGGUCCCAUCAUGGAAUCCAGAUGGAGGAGAGAAUUUCUCUGCCUCAGUUUAUUUCUGUGGCAUUUCUUCUGGAAACAAGAUCACUCCUGUUGAGGAUGAAGUCUGCCACUCUUUUGUGCCUACAAUUGAGCUCCUGGAUGACAGUGAAUUCAGCUUGGACAAUGAAGCCCAAGAGGAAAGGGAGGAGGCUCACAGCCUCAUGGAACUGCUGGUGUCUAAGGAAAGUUCCAGGGCUAGAACACCUGAGUGGCUUGUGGCACUUGACCAUGGCUACAGGUGCAUGGCCUGCUGUCAGGUCUUCCCCAACUUGGAGACCCUUCGGUAUCAUGUGGAGCAUGGGAUCAAGGAGGGCUUCAGCUGUCAUGCUUUCCAUGACGCCUUUGCCUGCCUAAUGGACAAGAACAAGAAGAAGCAAAAGAGAAGGAAGAUGAAGACCUUUUUGAAGAAAGAUAGACUUAUGAAGGAAAAGCUUUGUGACAUGCACACAUCCAUAUGA